AGGGUGUGCUGUAUUCGGCUUGACAUCGACAACCCCUCCGUUUACCAUUGGAACGGGCGAUCUCCGUCGCUCAAGAAUCGCCCAUGGAGGCUACGGCUCUCUCAUCCACCUACCGCCUCUCAACCCCCACCACCCUCACAAGCCCCACAAGCCGCGCCCUGCAACGAUCCUUGUCGAAGCUGAGCCACCCGUCAGCCUCUCCAACGCCUGUGGCUUCGUUUCUGUCACACGGACACCGCUUCGGCCCGCAGGAACGCCAAGAUUUCGAGCCGGAUCAGCCUUUGCAGCAGCUCAGGCAGAGAGUGCCACGUCAGCAGAGCCACAAGAGAGUGACCCGUGGAAGGUGAAGGUGCUAUAUGACGGGGACUGCCCAAUCUGCAUGAAGCAGGUGGAGUUCCUGUCAGCACGCAACAAGGAGCACCGAACACUCAAGUUCGUGGAUAUCUCCUCUGAAUGGACUAUGACCCCGAUGAGAAUGGCGGCGUCGAGUACGAGGAGGCGAUGGGUCACAUGCACGGGGUCCUGCGGGACGGCACUGUCGUCAAAAGCAUGGACUCCGCGGCAGGCCAUGGGUCACAUGCACGGGGUCCUGCGGGACGGCACUGUCGUCAAAAGCAUGGACGUCAUCCGGGUAUCCAGGCUGCUUUUGAGGAACGCAAACGGACCAAGUAUGGCAUCAAAGGUUGCACAGAAGAAGACCCAUGCGAGGUGGAAUACUGAUGGUGGAAAUGAAGUGACGAUGUGUUGCGCGGAAGCUACGGUAGUUGGUAUGGUGUAG